AUGUCGCAUCAUCAGUCUCUAAACAACGAUGACGAUCUCUCCACCUCGCUCCGUGAGCUAGUGCUCUCUUCGGAACCAGACGCCCCUGAAAACACAGCCUUGCACCCUCCGCCAACUCUGGGUCCGGUCGGCAGCAUCCCAAAUGGUUUCCAUGUUGAUCAUCAAGUAACUACCCAUCUUUUCGGUCAAGAACCAAAUUUCGGAUCUUCAAGCCAGUCGCUGAAUCACGAGGACGAGCCACAUUUCGGGCUAGAGCAUCAGCAGAAGCGUCCACCUCAGCUUCGACGACAAGCAUAUCGAUUCGCAAGAUUCUCGUUCACUCGUCUCUCCACGAUCUUUGAAGUGAGUCCUGAGAGGGUGGUCCAAACCAGCAAGAGCAGUGGAGAAAAGACACAUCCAGGGCGUCGCGCCGUACAUGGCCGCAAGGCCCCAUUGGCAAUCUUGAAUGCAUAUAAGUCACUUUCUCCUUCUGGUGGCCGGAAAGCGAAUGGGAAGAAAGAACUUGGCACAAUUGGGCAUGGUGUUAAUGCUAUGGAAGCUGUUGUAGGCAAGGAAUAA